GCAUUAGUUUUAUCAAAUUGACAUUUUUGAGUUUGACACUGACAUUUGACAGUUAUGUUAUGUUAAUGUUUUGCUAAUGUUUGUUUUCGUCAAGUUACUGCAGUUUUCAUAGUAAACAAAAAUAAAAACUACCUCUAAAAUAUUACCCUCCUUCUGACGCAGUCGGAUAAAAACAUACCACUUUUGUAGGUGUUUAUUCAGCAAAUCAUGGAAAAAGUCACCUUAGAUAUCACAAGUGUGUGUCGAAUAUGCUUUGAACUGAAAACUGAUACUCGUUCGCUGUUUACAAAAGAAAACGAAAGUUCAAUUCACGAGAAACUGGUGAACCAUACGAAUCUAGAUCUCCAUAUAGACGAUGGCGGUCCGGUGACCAUUUGUGAACAGUGCUAUGAAGAAUUUAAUGUAUUUGUUGUGUUCUUGGACAAAUGUAAAAGAUCCAAUGCAUUGUUUCAACAAUUCAAACAAAAUGUCAAAGAUUCCUGUGACUUUGACAGCAGUGCCAACUAUUCCAUACAUGCAGAUGAACUGAACACAAAGAACACUUCCAAGUGUAACAAAGAUAAUUUAACUCCAAGUGUGGAUACUGUUCCCUUGAAGAGUGCACAGAGCACGUCUGCGACACACAAGUGUCAGUUGUGCUGCAAAGUAUUCACAAGGAAGUUCAAUUAUAAACUGCAUCUCAAGAGACACAGCGGCGAGCGCGAGUGGCAGUGCGCGCGGUGCGGCGCGGCGACGCUGACGCGCGUGCUGGCGCUGCGCCACUGCUCGCCCGGCGCGCGCAGGCUGUGCCCCGCCGCCGGCUGCGGCAGCAGCUUCACCUCCGCCACCAACCUCAACAUCCACAUCAGGAGACACAACGGAGAACGCCCGUACAGCUGUGCAGAGUGCGGCAAGAGUUUUGGCAGCAAGAACAUUCUGAGUGAUCACAUCAGAGUGCAUACAGGCGUGAAGCCGUACCUGUGCGCCACGUGCGGGCGGCGCUUCGCCACCAACAAGCUGGCGGCGCACGCGCGCACCCACGCGCCGCGCGCGCACGCCUGCGCCGCCUGCCCGCGCCGCUUCGCCGACGCGCGCGCCGCCCGCCUGCACGCGCGCACGCACGCGCCGCCCGCGCGCCCGCACGCCUGCGCCGCGUGCCCCGCGCGCUACUGCCACAAGCAGUCGCUCAACAAGCACCUGCGCAAGCGCCACGGCCUGGUGCGCACUCUCACUUGGUAUACUGCUGCACGAGUUACAAUCAAAUCGUUACCAUCUUUUACCGUUUGCAGAAGUCCCAUUACACUUUUCGGUCUCGCCCCCUCCGCUCAGAGUCGAUGUCAGAGUCAGACGCACGAUAAGGAACUUCGAUCCAAAAAACAUGUGUACUGUAGACCAAACGACUUAAGUAGAAGUUCUUUCAAAAAUUAUCUCCUGAUAAUUUUACAUGAUAAUGUGUGGGUUGUGACCCACACAUCAUCAUGUAAUGCGCAAAAAAGGAUUGUUUUAAAGUUCUCUGGAAACGCCAUCUACUGGUAGUUUGAAAUAACAGUCACUGUUUCACUGUGCCUGUAGGUGGCGCACGCAGUAGCGCAGCACGCUUCGCCCGAUUAUUAUUUGUAACGCAUUCACCAAACUCACUCCUCAAGUCAAGUGUUCGGAAAAAAAUAUUCACUUCAAAAAUAUAAUAAUUCAUAACUAUUCCAUAAUGAGUAGUUUCCUAUUUGAAAGUUGGUAGCUAUGUUCAGUUGAGUUUCAAUAUGUUAACAAUAUCGGAACAUUGAUGUCUACAGGUAACCCAAAAAACGUAAUAUAUGACUUUGCAAAUCAUAUCUUCAUAAUUAUUAUCUUUUAUAAUUUUUAUAAUAAUAUUAAAGUUAUAUUGUGCUGUGAUAGAUAGAUUAGCCUGAAUAUAUUUUUUUUCUUCUUUUCAGAAAACAUCAUAGAAUGUAAAGAAAACAACCUAUUGACGAGAAAAAACUUAUCGAAAAAAAUGUACUUAAAGAUUAGUUUUGUGAAAACUUUGAAACUAAACGCUCAGGCAGAAAGUAUAAGCGUCCGCCACGAGAUGUCGC